AGACUUUUUGGCUGCAUCACCGUCCAGGCCUGCUGGUGAUUGGGCCCAGCGUCGGUUGUGGUGCUGGGCGGCAAAACAAGAGCAGGGCUUGCAUGGCUUGAUGCAAACAACAUAAAGACUUCACAAAGCCUUUGGGUCACAUCGAGAUUUGUCUGUCAGGCCUUGGCCUUGGCAUUGAUGUCUUUGCUUUUUCCGUCGAGUGCUUGCCGCCCCACCCUGAAACGGUCUUGGCUGUUUUGCACGUGACCCGCGUUGCGCCGCUUGCAGCGUCGCGUCGCCAGGGAAAUUUUCUGGAGCUUCGCGUUACCGUCGCUCAGAUCCACAUUGCGACCUUUUUGCCUAACAAACUCUCUCGGGACCGCCCAGCUUGUCGCUCUUCCUCAGAACCACGAGCGUCCAGGGGCGUCGACAGGAUCUCCGUGGCACUGAGCAACGCCAUCGCUCCCGCACACCGGCUCGCGAAACAGCGCCCGCCCGCCGCCCCCAAGGCUUACUCUUCCUUCCCGCCCUCGCCAGCCAGCCAGCAGCCAGCCAGCUCCUUCGCGCGGGCCGCCAUCGUCGCGCUCAGCAGCGCACAAGCAGAAAUGGCGUCCAGGUCUCGAUCCCGCGACGACCACCGCCGCUCGCGGUCGCCCGUGUCAGACCGCUCCGCCGGCGGCUCCAAAUCCCCGCGCAACCGACGCUCGCCCUCGCGCGGCCGGUCGCGCUCGCCCUCGAGGUACUCGCGUUCGCCCUCGCCCCGCCGCAAUGGCCGCUACCACGACAGCCGCAGCCGCAGCCGCAGUCGGAGCCGCAGCGGAAGCCUCAGCCCGGGGCGCGGGCGCGACACCAGAAUGAGGAGCAGGAGCAGGGGCGCCAGCAAGAGCCCGGCUCCACGCAACACAAAGAUCGUCGUCGAACGCCUAACCAAGAAUGUCAAUGAGGAUCACCUCCAGGAGAUCUUUGGUACCUACGGUCAAAUUGUCGACCUGGAUCUCCCGGUCAACCGCCAACUUGGCACAAAUCGCGGCACGGCUUACAUACUGUACGCACGCGAGCCAGACGCUGAAGCCGCCAUCGCGCAUAUGCACGAAGGACAGAUCGACGGAGCCACUGUAAACGUGUCCAUCGUGCUGCCCAAGCGCAAGUUCUCGACCUCGCCGCCCGUGGCGCGCCGCGGCAACCCGCACAUCAACCCGCGCCACAUUGAGGAAGCGGCGCGCGUGGGUGGACUGGCCUCGUCCGCCGUGGCUGGUCGAGGCGGGGCGCGCGGUGGCCGUAGCAACCGUGAUCGCUCUCCCCCAACUGGGCCGGCUGCUGAAGGCGGCGGGCGCUACUCACACAACCGUUCCGAUGUCUAUCGUCCUCGAUCGCUCUCGAGGAGCAGGUCCCCGGUCGAGGGAGGCAAGGGGACAGGCGGCGGCGGCGGCGGCGGCGGCGGGACUGGAGGGUACCGUAGCCGCUCCAACUCACCCCACUCUGCAAGAUCCGAGUCUCGCUCCAGGAGACGCGGUGGCGGCGGGGCUGGUGGCGGAGGCGGCGGCAGGCGCCGAAGCCCCAGCCGGGGCAGCUUCAGCAGCUACGACAGAAGGAGCAGGUCGCGCUCAGCCAGCCGGGGCCGGGGUGGUCGCGGUUAUCGCUGAAUCUUCCCCUCCGCUGUAAUGGGGAGCGUAGGUGUAGGUGUAGGAUCGUGGGGGCUAUUGGACCGAGUUGGACCCACCGAGUCGUCGACCUAUCUCACGCUUGUUGGGCGUGUGCCUUGUUUCGAUAACCUGGCCCUGUCUCUGGGGCGCAGGAUCAUUUAGCGCAAGGGAUGGAUUGGGAAAUUUGCCGUGGCGCUUUUUGCCUUAUCAGCCACGCCUAGCUCUGGUGGCUAAAAAAAUGUCGAGUAAGAUGGUGAUGUGUCUAAAGAUUCACUAGCCUGUUCGUCUUUCCGUCCCCGCCUGUCCGGUGAUAGCGGCACUUCACUUUGUGGCGGUGGGAGGCGGGGUUCUCGCCCCGGGCUCGCAAAGCCAUGUUUCUCGAAAUAGAUGAUACGAUUUUGUUUCUCGCUCGUAUCGAUACCUGCCAACAAACAGGCAGAGCUGUUUGUCCUUGGAGC